UGUGUGUCGUCAGGCGGGUACAGAUUAACUAGGAUACAACCGGUGCGACGCUGUUUUAAUCCACAUUCCUUCUCGGGGGUAUAUAACGUUAUAUAUAUAUUAUUUGCAGUGGCGCAAUUAGGGGACGAAAAGAGGACGUCGCCAUUAGCGCACAACUUUGUAUCCGGCGUUUUAACAGCCAUUGCACUCACUGCAGCAACAAACCAAACCGCGUUGUGAUCCACCUCCAGGAGGAGGACACCGUCACCUCGGCACGAAACGGGAUCAACGCCCUACACGGUCAAAGACAAUCCCCAGAGCCAGCCGGCGCCCGCUAAAAGAAGCAGAAUGGCAAGCUGUAAAGUUGGACAUAAGCUGACAGCGGGCUAACACACCGUAGCGUCGUAGCUAACGUCAGUAGUCGCUACGUCAAGAACUUUGUUUGUUUGUUUUUUUGGUCCGUGGUUCUGGCCACAGUACGUUUGCACUUUAAAUGUUGUCACAGCUGUCUGCAUAACUCGAUACGGAGGCAUAACGCAAUUUGUACUUUCCAAACUGCGGUAACGUCUCGCCAGCCAUGCUAGUUUUCUCGACGUCACUCGCUGGCAAUGAAUGUAUCGCAUCGCAUCGUCGGGUGUCGUCUGGCCGUCGCCCCCUUCACUGAAACUCCGCCGGUGACUCGUGAUGUAACCAGGGAUAAAUACGCCUCGAGGAACGGGACCAUUUUAAAUUGACAGCGAUACCGGUUGCUUGGACUUCAUCGGCAGUCGUAUCAUGGGGUCUCUGAAGGCUCUCCAGGAGUGGUGUCGGAUCCAGUGUGAACAUUACAACGAUGUGGAGGUAAAGGACAUGUCGACGUCCUUUCGGGACGGUUUGGCGUUUUGUGCCAUAAUACAUCGUUACAGACCGGAUCUGAUUGACUUUGGCUCGCUGUCCAAAGAGAAUGUAUACGAGAACAACCGCCUGGCCUUUGAUGUGGCAGAGACACAGCUGGGGAUCCCAGCCCUGUUGGACCCAGAAGACAUGGUGUCCAUGAAAGUGCCUGACCGUCUCAGCAUCAUCACCUACGUCUCUCAGUACUACAACUUCUUCAACAACAAGUCUGGAGCAAACCCCCCUUGCUUGAAAAGGCUGAGUUCUGUGGGUCAUAAUGAGCCUGCCCAGAAGAGGCCACCAACCCCUUUGGAAGACAAAGUAGUUGAGUCUGAGCCGAGCCGGCCUGCGCAGACCGGUGCAGAAGCGGUUGCAGCAGUCAGGCCCGGUACACUCAGCAGCACCUGUGCCGCCUGCCAGAAACAUGUCCACCUGGUUCAGAGAUUUCUGGUGGACGGCAAACUCUUUCAUCGCAGCUGCUUCAGGUGCACGGAGUGUCACAGCACUUUGCUUCCUGGAUCUUACAAAUUCGGAAGCAGCUCUGGGGCCUUGGUCUGUACACAUCACCUUGCAAGGCAUGUUUUAGCCAAUCAGAACGGCCGGCCGGAUUUUAGUAAGAGACCAGUGGAAGGUCAGUCUUCAAGGAUCAGUGGGAGCAUAAUCGCUCACACUUCGCCCUCUGAGGUCGACCGAGCAGAGACUCCUUCUCCAGUAAACCAAACCAAUGAAACUGACAUGCCAACCAACGACUGUGACGCGGUCCCUGCUGUCACAACAAAUGGAGGAGACUCUUUGGAAGAAGCCAAAGUGAUGGACGGCAGUGGAGAGAGGGAGGAAACGCCUCGUUCUUCUUCUCCUCCCAACCCUUUUGAUGAGAGCGAUGAAGAAGUGGAAGCGGCAGAGAAGGCGGAAGAGACAAACACUCCAGCCAAAUUAACAAUCAAUGGGGACCUCGCUUCUGCAGCGACCAGUCAUAACGAAGGUGCCAGUCGGCCAGUACCGGCACCUCGUCGGGUCCCGGAUCCCUCCCCUCCUCCUCGCCCUGCCCCUCGGGUUCGGUUAACCUGUACGGGAGACGGCCUUACAGUCGAUGAAUACCAGAAGCCUCCGAUUCCUCCCAAACCGCGAGCGAGAUCACAAUCUCCUAGAAGCAUGUCAAGUGGCACCCAUAAACCCAAAGACCCACCAUGGCUCGCCCUGGUCCAAUCAGAAUCCAAGAAGAAGAAAGCCCCUCCCCCUCCCGGACUGGCAACCCUCCCCAAUAUAGGCUCUCUGUCCUCUCCCAAAGGGGAAGGCUCCAGACCCAGAACGCCCCCUGUACCCGCCAACCCCUUUGAGGAGGAUGAUGAUGAAGAGGAAAAUGCGGGGGAAGCAGAGGGGAGCGGAGGAGGGGCAAUUCCGCCCCCAGUGGUGGCGAGCCACCCGUGGUACAGAAUCACUCAGGCACCUGACGAGACGGGUGCUGACCCUCCCCCUAGAGGAGGAAGCUCGUCCCGCUCUGCGAGCCCCGGGAGCGCCAAGAGCAAGAAACGGGCGGCACCUCGUGCUCCGCAUCCACCUGCAGGUCCCCAAGUUCCGUCUCACUCUCAGCCCUCCUCUUGCUCUCCUUCUCCAGCUCUCAGCACAGAGAGUCUGUCCUCCAACUUGGACUACAGCUCCUCCCAUCCCCAGUUAGGUGGCUGUGCCAGCGGCGACCAGGAACACGCCUUCUCCAAAAGUGUCUCUGAGCCUUCCAUCUGUUCACCGUGCAGCGCCACGCCAUCUCCUUCCUCCUCCUCGACCGAGGUCCCUCAUCCUUCCCUAAGCCCCUACCCUUCUCCCAUGCCAUCAAAUGCCAGCUCAGCUCCAGCUACCCCACAGCCAAGUCGCAGCCCUGGGACGAAGGGGAGCGUAGACCCUCCCCCACGACCCGCGACGACCCCCAGCUCAUUGGCUACGGGAGCCGCCCGGCCACACAAUAAGCGGAUCUGCAAAGAGAAUCCAUUCAACCGGAAAGCUUCUCCCACUCCCGAGAAAUCCAAACCAGCAAAAGGCCCUCGUCCAGCCAGACCCCCGGCCCCGGGCCACGGCUUCCCUCUUAUCAAACGCAAGGUGCAGUCAGACCAGUACAUCCCAGUAGAGGACAUCCAUGGGGAGAUGGGUCAGCUGGAGAAGCAUCUGGAUGAACUGGAGCAGAAGGGAGUGGAGCUAGAGAAGAAGCUGAGAGACAACCCCAACGAUGAGGAUGAGGAGCACCUGUUGGUGGACUGGUUCACUCUCAUCCAUGAGAAACAUCUCUUAGUACGACGAGAAGCUGAGCUUGUCUACACAGCGAAGCAGCAGAGCCUGGAAGAGAGACAAGCUGAUGUGGAGUAUGAGCUGAGGUGUCUUCUCAACAAACCAGAGAAAGACUGGACGGAGGAGGACAAGAGUCGGGAGCAGGAGUUAAUGGCUGAGCUGGUCACCAUCAUCGAACAGCGUAACCAAAUUGUCAACAACAUGGACCAGGACAGGCAGCGGGACGAAGAGGAGGACAAACUCAUGGAAGCCAUGCUGAAGAAAAAAGACUUCCAUAAGGAUCCGGAUGUUGACCCGCCAAAGAAAAAAGGGGGAAAGUUCAAACCCAUAAAGGUGCUUAAGCGGCUGAGCCAUAAAGGAGAACCAGGCAAGAGCCCCCGAAAGGAGAAAACGCCGUAGCAAGAACUGCCUUUUUUCUCAGCGCCGGCUUCCUUUUUUUCCCCCCCAACUGUUGUCAAUGAGGAGAUGCGGCCACCUACUGAAAGGGUGCUGCCCCCAGCCUCUUAUUAUGGCCCCUUCUAUUUUUUUGUGCAAGCGUUUUGAGAGCUUCAAGUGUAAAAGAUAUGAACUGUUUAAAAAAAAAAGAGCUUGUGCAUUACAGUAGAACGUGGAGGGAAAGCUUGUUCUGGUUGUUUAGAAUUUUAGUUUGGUUACUUGCUAUCAUAACAAAGACCGAAAAGCUCAUUUUGAGCCGAUCAGCAGGGCGGACUGAGUACUGCUGGUGAUUUUAUUACCUUACACCUUGUGUCGCCUUGCUGUAAUGUUACAGAUGUGCGCAUCUAUUAGAAACAUGAGGGAGAAAUCCUUUGAUGCACGUUGGGACAAAUGCGUAACAGACCAAAUAGACAAUAACGUCAUUGAAGCACUCCCCAGGAAAAGUGUGCUAUGUGGAAUCGGGCCCGAAGGCAAAUAUAAGACAAGGAGAAAAGAAAUGCACCAGAUGCAGAAGAUAAGAUGAGGUCACCUUUAACUGUAACAUAAAUGACUUUGACUCUCCGCUCACAUCUCACUUGAUGCUUCUCUGCAGUGACUAUUAACAGUUGCCUUUUGUGUUUUUAAAGAGACAACUUAACAUUUCAACUGCUUUAAGAGCUGGCGUGUUUAUAAGCUCUCUGACCUUUCAAUUGAGUGAAUUGUUGUCCGUUGCAGAGUAUGUGCAUCCUGCAGGCCUGAGUCAAGGUUCAUCCAUAGUCAGACCAGACAGUUGGCUUUGAAUGAAGUCUGAUGGAUGCAAAUUUAUGUUUUUAAUAUGCUCCUGUGUUAUAUCGGUGUCUCCUGCUCCCAAUGGUAGGAGUUGGAUAUCCGAGAAGGUUUCACCUCGUGUCUGGAUUGAGCCGUUGGUACGAGCGAAAGUUAAAAAGUUUCAUAUGAGCUAUGCUUCAAAUGCUCGAGCUGCAAAGGCGACCCAAGCUCUCCAGCUGCUGUGUUAUGAUUGUCUUUGGUGUCCUUGUUUUUACGUUUCUUCUGUGAUAGUUUUGCAAUGGUGUCUUUUUUUUGUAAAUGCAUAUCCUUAAAGACGUGGAUGAGCGUAGAAACAGUAUUUGUGCGUGUGUGAUUGGACACAAAGUACAAAACGUGAGCUUAUGAAAGUCAGCACAUAAAAACUUGUUCAACUGAUGUCAGAAGGUUUAUUAAUAUGAAAGGUCACUCAUGCAAUAAUGAAAAUUAAAAGACCGAUCUAUGAUAUUUGAACUGUAACAAAGCACCAUCUUAUAACAGUUUUAACCAUCAGGGAAAACCUGAAUAUGCAAUCAUUAAUUUAUAUUUUAAUGUUUUUCCAUAUGUCUGUGUUGCCUUAAUGGAUAGGAAAAAAUGUGUUAAUAGUGUUUGUACCAGUGCCAUUUAUUUAAUUACAGGUGUGGAUAAGCACCAUUUGUUCAACUUAUGUAAAGUAUGUUUUGUCGCGUUAGAAUCUGCACUCCCUUCUAAAUGGUAAUCUCUGUUGUGUCUGGUUCUGCCCUGUUCCUGUCUUCAUGUCCCGCUGAAACCAUGGGCUUCUGUAGCAGGAUUAUAAAAAAGAAUGACACAGGAAGGCGGAGGAUUAAAAUAACUUAAAGCGG